CCUCAUUUCAGUCAGAUUAUUUCCUCGAAAUGUGGUUCAUUCUCAGCUUAGCUGUCUGUCUGUUGCUGAUCAGCGAUGAGGUGGCAUCCACCGAUUACUGCAGCGAGGAUCUCUGCCCGCCCAAGAAUAAGCAUAUUGCCUGUGAGAAUUAUGGGGACUUUGACGAGAGCUGCGGAACUGGAGCGGCCAUCAUGCCGUUUCCCAUGAAUCUGCAGUCCCAGCUGCUGUCUAGGUUAAACGCAUUCCGCAAUGCCAUAGCUCUGGGGAGGUACCCGCCAUUCCGUCCAGCCGCCAGGAUGAGCACGUUGCGAUGGAGCAAGGAGCUGGCAGGGCUGGCCAAGUUCGCCCUGCGAGGCUGCGAUAAUUUGCAGGAGUACUGCAGCAAUACGAACGCGUUCAAAUAUGUAUCCUACAUCUAUGGGAGCACUCGAUGGCUGCACAAUGCGAAGACAGCUCGGUCGGUUGUGCUGUAUGUGCUGCAGUUCUGGAUGGACGACCACAAGAGCUGUACGAUGGAUCACAUCAAUUCCAGGAGGCCGCCGAAAGAUGGUAAAUGCCGCGGAUACUUCACUCAGCUGGUCCAAGACCGGGCCGAUCACAUCGGCUGUGCGUUGAUUGAGCGUCGUACCGGCAGUGGCAGCGGCAGAGGCAGUCAGUACUUUUACGCACUACUCUGCCAAUUCUCGCGCGGGAAGAUCGCCCACCAGCGAGUGUACGUAGAUAACAUGCAUCCGGGCGAAUGGUGCACUUCUGGGACACAUGCCAACUACCAGGGACUCUGCUCGCCCGAGGAGCAUGUCAAUGCGAAUGAUCUGCAAUUGGACACCCUCAAUUGAAUCGGUCACAGCUGCUGAAUAAAGAAAAUAAAUUAGCUUGA